CCCACUGAUAUCAGUGAGGAAAUGGACCGACGUUACGACGCCUCGCGUCGUCGGACCGCGGCGGUCUACGCGGAGUACCCAGGAAUCAAAAAUAUGUAGUUUACUUACGAUAGGACCUAAAGCACGUUAAAAAUCACAUAAGUCUUCCAUUAGCACGUAAAUUCCAGUAAUUUGUAUAAUAAUUAAAGUUAGUUAAGUCGACGUAACUUUCAAAAAAUAAUAUACUUUAUAUUUAAUGAAACGCAUAAAUUUGUAUCACAUUAAAAUAUGAAUGAAAGCAGAAUUGUAAUAAUUCAGUAACUUAUUAAUUCGGUAAAUCAAUAAUAAUUCAACAACAAUCAAAGAAAAAAAAACUUGUAAAAAUUUUUAUACGAAAAUAAGCGUUGAUUGCUGAAUUCGAGUAAUCGUAUCAUAUUUGGUAAUCAUUUCGGUGGCCAUCGUAAAGGAAUAUCGACGUAGAUUGUCUAUAUGUUGAAAUAAUUGUUAAAUUUCUACGCACGUGAGCAACUUGUAGAAGCGAUUUUGUGACUCAACAUCGGUAGAAAACGCGUGUUGACAAAUCCAUGUGUCUCCAAUUACCUAAUAUAAGAAAAUUCACGAAGUUUCGAGAGCAAAUUUCAACGAUAGUAAUCUUUAAGAAAAAUUAAAAAGUAUUUUGAGGGUCUGAGAUUCACUCAAUCCAUUCAUAAAAUAUUUAAAUAACAUAAUACUAACAUAAAUCUUAUUCAAACGAUAAAUAUUGUAUGAAACUAUUGAUAAUUAAUGGAUAUCUAUAUCGAUAAUACUAUAUUUCAAAUUUUAAAUAGCGUGCCUGAAUCCAAAGUCUUCCUCAAAAAUCUUUGAAACAAGAUUCCUACGUCUAUAAUUAUACAGUAAUUAAUCUACUAACGUUAAUAACAUAUUCAACAUUGAAGAUCUAUGAUAUACCAAUAUAAAACUUCACAUUUGAAAAAAAAAAUCACGUUGACAUAUGAACUACAAAUAAUAGCAGUGAAUAUCUUGGGGGAUAAUAUUUCUCGCCUUUGAUAUAUAAAAGUUGUUGUUCCGGUUUAAAAAAGCAGAAACUCGGGCAACAAAAGAUGAGGUGGACUGAGUAGAGAGGAAGCUAUUACCAACCCCCUCUUACAACCUCAGCGCCGGUUCUAGUAUACGUGUAUACGGCAACAACUCACCCCAUUCACUUUGCUCUAAGCCCUUCCAGAUGGGGAUUAAAACACACGAAUCGCAAUUAAAUAUUUGCAUAGAAAACGGAAAUUCCGCAACUCGAAUUAAACUACUAUUAAUGCAAUUAUUUGAGAACGACUCUAAAACCUAUAUCUUAAUUAAUUUUGCGAAUGAAAAUCGAUGAAAAUUUCAAAUAAUCUUACCCCGUCUCAUUCGGGGCAACAAUAAUACGAAGAUUUUAAUCAGAAUAAAGAAUUAAUUUUCAACUAUACUGAUAGAUUAAUAAAACAAGCACCUCGCAGACCGAGGUCACUUUAUGAGACGUAAGAUUGUCGUAGAAAAUUUUUCUUCAAUGACGAUGUCUUCGCCCUUUCCGACUAAAACAGCCCGAGGGCGAGGGCCGGCCGAUGGUCGAGCUUUUUUCGAGAGAUUAUGGAGGGGAAAUUUCUUUCUCGAUCGACAAAAAAACCUCAAACGAUCACGGCGGAGGAAAAUUCAAGCUGCUAAACAAACAACAACAAAGAAAGCACAGCAAACCAAACAGCAUUGUUGUUGUUGUCAGCGUACCUUACGCGACAUACAACUUCACCUGUUAGCUGAGCGCCGCAACAGCAUGCGGUCCGUUGUGAGUGUGAGAGAAACUCAUCAGAUAGCCGAAGCUCAGCAAGAGAAAAAUGCAAAGUUGCGCGAAGCAUUUGGCAUAUCGGAGUUCUUUGUAGAGGGAAGCAGUUUGGAUCCGGAGAGACAUGCACGCGAAGCUGAAGCUAGAGCUGCGGCAAGUAAAGUCUAUGAAUUAGUGAGAACUCCCAGUCCUGCCCCUGACACAACAGUUCCUGAAAAGAAACGGAAGAGGAAACGUUCAGGAAGCAAUUCAAAGAAGAAGAAAGGGAAAAAACAUAAACGAGACAGGUCCGAGUCCCCCAAGAGUUCAAAGAAGAAGGAAAAACCUAAGAAAAAGAAGAAGGAAAAGAAGCACAAAAAAGCAGACAUCUCCUCAUCUGACAGCGAUUCCUCUAGCGAAGACUCGGAUGAUAGCAGCUCCUCUGAAAACGAAUCGAAGAAGAAAAGAAAAAAGAAGAAGAAGAAGUCAAAAUCAGAUGGAAAAGACAAGCGUGAGAAGAAGAAGUCAGCUGCCAAAAAGAAGCAUCAGUCCUCUGAGAGCUCUACCGAAAGUUCGCCUGAGAGACUGAAGAAGUCUUCUAAGCAUGAUAAAACCGUGGAGAUCGUUCAAGUGGAGGAAGUUGAAAGUACGAGUAAAAGAACAGAGUAUUUGCGUAAAGAGUUAGAGGAAAUUGAGAAGCGAAUAAAAGAACGAGAACAAAAAGAGUUGGAAGUGCAGAAGCAAGUGAAAAAAGAAAAGACAGAUGAAAGACCCAGACGAAGAAGCCGUUCGGCUUCGCCAAAGCAAAGAGAAUCAAGGAACAGAUCGCUCAGAAGACAAGACAGACUUGCGCGAACUGAACCAAGAAAUGAAUCUCCUCCCGUUCCACCAGCUAGAAAGCGUGAAUCUCCGACGAGAAAAUCGAGCUUGGAAAAACGUGACAAAUCACCAUUUGCACAAAGAAAUUCACCAUUUCGGCGGAACCGAUCCCCAUCGCGAAGCCGAGUCGACAGACGCUCCCCAAGAAGGAUAUCCAGACCUAGACGUAUAUCACCUUCACCGCGGAGGAGAAGAUUUUCAAGGUCUAGAAGACCACGUCCCUCAAUUUCAAGAAGUAGGAGUCCAUCAAGAUUCGAACGGUAUGGUUCAAGGCGUAGGCCGUCGCCACCAAGACGCAGAAGGUCUGGAUCUCGCAGAAGGUCUGUAUCUCGCAGAAGGUCUGUAUCUCGCAGAAGGUCGGGAUCUCGCAGAAGGUCUGGAUCUCGUCGAAGGUCUGCGUCACGCCGAAGGUCUGGAUCUCGCCGCAGAUCAAGAUCACCAAGACGAGACAGAGAGAGGCGUAAGCGUUCCAGAGAUCGUAAGAGCCGUAGCAAGUCAAAAAGCCAUUCUAGACGAUCUAGUCUCAGUUAUUCACCUGUGAGGAAACACCCUGAACGUUACAAAGAUAUUUUAGAAGAUAAGAGAAAAGAAUCAAGGAAAACGGAUAACGGCAAACAGACAUCUCGAUCCACUUCCCAUAAUCGAAAAGUUCAAGCUAUCACACCCAGAGUUAGUUUGAGAUCUUCUAGUGAAGACGAAGGAGAACUGGCAGAUGAUGAACCAAAACAAGAAGAUGUGGAGCGACAGAAAGAAAUAUUCACCCUGAAACAGUUGCAAACUGGAUUAGCUGCAAAAGCCAGAGAAACGUUGGGUAAAAAAGUAAUCAGCCCAGUCAAAAUUAAAAUCGAAAAAAAAGAUGAAAACGUUUUUGAUAUAGCGUUACCAGAUGAAUUACCCAAAGUUGCACAUAAAUUGAUAGGACCUGCGCAGGAGAGAUUAAAAUCAAUAUCCCCUGAAAGAGUAAUCACUACAGUAUUUCCUGUCACAAGUAGAUCACCUUCGCCAGCCUUACCACUGACAAGGGCAGAAGCAGCUGUACGGUUGAGGUCACCAACAGAAUCUCCACCACCACUGACGGCUAGUUUUUUGGAAAGAUCAGUGAGAUCGAGAUCAAGAAGUGUCACGAAAAAAAUCAAUAUUGCACGUUCACAGUCGAAAUCUAGGUCUCGAUCAAAAUCUAGAGGUCAAUCAUCAGAGACAGAUGUAAAAAAUAAUCGUUCAAGAUCUAUUUCCAAGCAUAGAAGUUCGAGAUCCAGCUCCAAUUCCGUUUCGAGAGAAAGAAUGCGAAACAAAUCAAUUUCUGUCUCACCUAAACUAUUGCAUAAGGCUUCUCCAAAGGUCAAAUCACCACUGCAAUCUAAAUUGCUCCCUAAACGUAAAUCCGUAUCAAGAUCACCAUCUCGGGUAUCUGAAAAAUCCAAAGACGUGUCUCCAAAAAACAUGUCAAUAUCUCGCUCCACCACAAGAUCUCCAGCUCGUUCGAUUACUAAAAAAAUAUCUGCGUCUCGUUCGCCGUCGAGAUCUCCUAUCAGAUCACGGAAGAUAUCUCCACGGGAAAAAUCAUACUCCAGAUCACACUCAGGAUCAUACUCGAGAUCACGUUCUAGAUCGAAGAGACCAUCCAGAUCACCCAGCAAUCAAUCUUCAGUGAUACGAUCGACAUCGCGUGCAAAACGCUCUGUUUCAAGAUCGCCACAGAGGUUGAAGAAAUUACUUUCACCAGUAAUUGAAAAGUCCAAAAGCAGAAGUAGAUCCCUCUCCAAGAGAUCAAGAAGUCGUUCGUUGUCAAAGAAAUCCCGGAGUCGCUCUCGAUCUCUUUCUCGAGAAUCGAGAAACAAGACAAAAAGAUGCCGUAGCCGCAGCAGCUCACGUUCUUCAACCAGCUCUACUAGGCAUAGUCGAAGAAGCUACUCUAGUUCAUCCCGAUCAUCCAGCAGUGGUUCCAGUCGCUCUUCUCGUUCUAGCUCGAGCAGUUCUGCUUCUAGUAGGUCACGAUCGCCAUCUAUCCCACGCCGCCAUGGGUCACCAAGUUUUUUAGACAGGCGUCGAAUCACUAGUGCUAGAAAACGACCAAUACCGUACCAUCGACCAACACCAUCACCACUAUCUUCACCCAGCAGUUCUGAAAGCAGUAGACACAGCGAUUGGUCAAGUCCUCAUUCGAGUCGAUCCUUGACUCGUAGCCCAUCAUACAGUCAUUGAUGCAAGGAUUAAAUCGUUUUUAAGGGGCUCUAAAUCAGAUGUUCCUAUGUGUAUACUAAAUUCUAAAUAGCAAAGCUUAUGAUUUCGAUUUAUAUUGGUUUGUAUAUUUAGUUAACUCUUUUAUCGUUACGGCGAUGGUAUUUUUUUUGUACUCAUUGUAAGAGUAAUUAUCAUAGUUUGAUGGUCAUUUCUAACAUCCUGAUUUAUUUCUGCUCUGAAGUUAGCAAUGCCUUGUGCCUCUGUCCAAACUAUUGACUACAUUGGUUCAGCACAUUCAUUGGAUUGAAUAAUGCAUGUUCAUGAUGUUUUUCUCAAAAAAUGAAGGGAGGUAAUCUUCUUGACGAGUGGAUCAAACUUAAUUAACCGUCUUUCAUUUAGUACAUUAUUUUUUAAUUUCUCAAGGACCCCAAAAUACAGACCAAACAUACAUAUGUACUUUUCUAGUCAACUAUAUUUGAUAAUUAUACAUUGAUAGUUGACAGUCAGUGAAAGUUAUGUUGUUGAACUGAAAAGGAGGAUUCAUCAGAGAUGAGCAUUAUUGUUAUUGAAGCACCUUCAUACAACAUAUUUAAAGGAAUGAAGAUUCACACUAGCAAGUAACUUCAUUGAUAUACAUACUCUAUACUUAGAGCAUUUGGUAUGCUUAUGAUAUCUAAGUUGAGUAAAAUUAUCCGGUAUUUUAUAAGAUCUUCACAUCUGAUCCUUUUGUAUUUUUAAAAUCAUCUCUAGAUAAUUCAUGGGCCAAAAAUUUUCAGAUCCGAUUGCCCUAUGACGGCUAAUAUGAUGAAUAACCAGUGCAAGUGUAUCAUUUCAAGUUACUUGUACAAAUUCAGUGAUAUUUAUAGUGACAGUAUUUGCUAUUUUCAAUAGUCUAAAUAUGUAAGCAAUAACAAAUCCAAGAAAGGUUUGAACGAUAUUAAGCUCACGCAAUUCUAAGUCAUUAUUUUGUUUCCUUUUUUUUCAAUUAUUUUAAUAUUUAUGCCAUUUAUUUAUACCUAACAUAGUUGUUCUUGUACUACUAUUGUAGUUUUGUACAUUUUUACAUUUAUUUAAUCCUCUACAUGCGUAUCUCUGUAACACAUUUAUAGGCACCUUUAGAAAUAUUCAUUACUCCAGAAACAUCAUUGGGCAACCCGAAUUUUGCUCAAAAUUGGUGUCAUGUCUUACUCAGAACAUUGUGUUUGAUAGAUAUUCAGUAUCUUCUAUUCUCUUGUCGGACUACAACAUAUGGAAUGUUAGAUCGAUUAAUUUUUGGCUGCACAAUGCAGAUUUUAUGUGUUCAUGCUAGUCGAACAGUCAUGUUUCAUAACUGUUUACAGAAUAUUAUUUAUACAUUAUCUUAUUGGCCAAUUUCGCAACUUAUUGUGAUUUGAUAUUUUAGUGCAAUGUUGAAACCCAGUCCUCGUGUACAUAGAUAUAACUUGUAUACCUAGCUAAAGUCACCACUGUAGCAUAAUUCAUUUUUUAUGAUUUAAAAUCCUAGAUAAUACCCUUAUACAUCCAUUUAUUUAUUUAUUCAUCUAUUUAUUUAUUUAUUUAUUUAUUAAAUUUAUUUAUUUUUAAUCACCCAGCCAAUAUAUUCAUGAAGCUAGUCACGCGAUUCUCAUGUAUUACUUGUCCAUCCCAGCCAGUGGACCAGUAAACGAAACUCCUAAGUAAUAAGACGAAAUGUUCAAUGUUGAUUCUUUUUAUAAUACUCAUAGUUAUCUGAAAGGUAAUCUCCAAUAUUGUUUACUUGGUAAUAACUAGUCAGCGUCUCAAAAGACGCAAUUAGUGUAGAUUAUAAAAUAAAGUUAAUUAUGGGUGGGCUGGUAAUUACAAUCUAUCUAAUCUAAUGCUAGGAAAAAUAAAUUACAUACCUACCAGUCUUAGUUUCACUCCAUAAGCAUAAAAAUAAAUUAUUACCACUAAUUUACAAAAGAAAUUUGGAUUUGUAUCAAACUCUUAUACGAUACCCAAUACUAUGGUUGAACUCGAUACUACGGUUCAUCUGCCUUGAUAAUAGUAUACAUUCAUUGUAGUGAAAUGAUGAUCAUAAGAGCUUGGCGAGUUCUUAUUUGUAGCGUAAUAAACCAGUUCUCUACUGUUACAUAUUCAUCUGGUAUAAUCUAUCGGAUUUUUUCCGUUUUAAAUUAAGAUAAUUGACCUGAUAUUUGGCCGUGUAACCGCUAAGGAUUCAGUUGUCAAAAAUCCUUGAAAUUUCCAAAUAUUUACCUAAAAAAUAGCUCCUGAUUGAUAAUGUUACAGUCGUUAAAGGAAAUAUUUGAUUAUAUCUGUAAUAUACUCUGUAUUGUUGUUGUGUGAUUAAAUCAAAAUGCUUUCAAAACA